AUGGCGAAAAAAGUGGCACCAGCAGCAUUACAGACGGAAGUUCUUAAUGACGAGGAAUGGAUGAAAAUAGUUAAUAUUUUUAUGAUUCGAACAUUACGAAAAGAUAUAUUUAAUGCAAUAUCCUUAUUAGUAGUGGAUGUGUAUUCGGAUUGGAGUGGUCCUUGCACAGGCAUGGUGAGUAUUCUGAAGAAGAUAAAAAUGGAGAUCGGAGGCGACGCAUUGAGUUAUGCAACGGCGAGUUGUGAUCAUGUUACCGACUUGAAGAGAUUUCAAGGAAAAAGUGAACCUACAUGGAUGUUUAUUCAUGAAGGCCGAAUGAUAAAUUUAAUGUUCGGAGCACAUUGCCCGCAAUUUGUAAAAAUACUAAUGACCGAGCUCGAAAGAAUUCAAAAGGGUGACAAGCAUGAAUUUUUGAUAGAUGUUUUUGAGAAAAGUCCGGAAGAAAUAGUUCGAUUGAAAAUUCAGGAGGAGGCGAAAGUAGCCAAAGAAACAGCAAGAAAAUCUCGAAAAGUUGCUGAAGCUAAAACAAGAUAUGAGGCAGAAAUGUUGCAUCUGAUCACGUCGUUAUGCAACGAGACUUGUCUACUGUUAUUUCCUUGGAUAUUCAAGGAUGAAGAGGGACGUAGAAGAGAUAAAAGAACGAGUCCUCCAUACAUAGAAUUAAUCGAGGAAUUGCUACCAGAGAACUACAUGGUGGGACAAGAACUACGUAAACGAAUGAACGCAGAUCUGCUCCAGCAAAUACUUCAUGAAUCCACGUACAAUUUUACAGAAACUAGCAAACAAUUGCUCUUUGAUGGUAAAUGUAUGUUUAUGCGAUUGAAGAUUGUUGAAGGAAGAAAGCAACUUGACGUUCAUAAUCACCUGUGUAAUAUCUUGUUCAAUGAAUCGACAGUACCGGAAUCGGAGGACAAUUUAAAUGAAGAUUGUUACGCCGGAAAACAUCGUCCAGCUUUUGAAGUUCCUGAUAAGGAAAAUAAAAAGUUUCCUUUUAUUUGGAUACCUCCAAAUCCCAGAAACAAGGCUAUCGUUUUUCGUACAAUAUUUACCGUUUAUACUAAUACAAUGUAUCCGUACGAAGAUAAGAUAGCUAAAGUACCAAUAACCGUUUUUAAAUAUGAUUAUACGCGUAAAAAUGAUUUAAAAAUGGUGCUGGAAAUGUUUGAUGAUGAUGUCAUCAAUUUUGGUAUAUUUGAAUAUGAUAAACCGCCUGAGGCUAAGAUGAUUGCCAAAACUAUAGAGGCAUUUGAGAUGAAUACAGAAGAAAAAACGGGUUACGAAAUAUUUGUCUGUACCGUAAAAAAAGUAGGUUGUGAGGCAUUUUUGGGCUUUGCCGGGAUUGGACCUUUUCAUGUAAGUGAAAAUCUGGAGAAGGCUGUUGAAGAAUCGAAAUUAUAUUUCCCAGACAUUGUCGCUGUAGAAGAAUCGGACGAUGAGGAAAAAUCCGAGGAAUUAAUAGAAGAGAAUCAAGAUGAUACAACGACAACAUAG